AUGAAGCUUGUGCUUAAAGAAUUGCGAGUGUUUGUUUGCAGUCAAAAGGAAGAUUGCAACAUUGGGAAGCACACGGGGUCGGCGUCCGAGGAAUCACUCAAGCGUGGCCUGAGCCACAAAUGCGCUCAGCGGGAGACUGUGUCCGCUUGCAUAGCUCACGAGCUUGUCGGCUAUGUGGACAGAAUGCUGAGAACCGCUUCGGUACAACUCACCGAAGACGCUAUGAUUGUCGAUGAAAGUAAUGGCGCAGGGGCAGAAAUGGCUGUGAAGACAGAAUCAUUAGCAAGAGCAGGCAACUCUUUAGAAGACCAAGCUCAGCAGUUGAUUAUGGACAAACUCAUGGUAUUCGCCACGACCAGGUCAUUGCGGUACAAGUUGUUGGAUAAUGCUGAUUUGGUGAUUGCAGGGAGAACUGAAAAAGAUGGAAGUCUUGGAGUCGGUGUAUCGUUGAAGGCGCCUAAGCCUAUUGAAACAGGCAGAGCACGUAAUAAGAACAUCGGACCAUUCCUAGCAGCUGCAGCCAUGAAGUUCGGCCUCCUUGGUGCACUGACCUUCAAGGGUCUCACCCUGAUGGUGGGAAAGGCUCUUCUGAUCUCGAAGAUUGCGCUGCUUCUGGCUACCAUCAUUGGACUGAAAAAACUAUUUUCUCAUCAGGUGAAAGACUAG